ACAGGAGGACUGCUGCCUUUAGAAUAAGGGCUGUAAAAUAAUGGUGAAACAUUAAAUUGGCUCAACGAUCUGCGAUGGAGUUCGACGCAGGAGCGGGACGUUUGACGUGUGAAGGAAAUACGUUGCCCGCCCCGGUCCGUCAGAGACUGGGAGGUGAUUGGUCGGUAGCGGUGUGGCGGGAAGCUCAACGGCUCGUCGGUUUAGGUCACGUGAUGUGCUGCCGGGCCCCGGCUGGAGUGAGCGGCGUCCCCUUGGGCUCUGUUUUUUUCGGCUGGUGGCUGACUGGGGUCCUGUUAUCUGCUCCUACAUUGAUGCGCAGUAUUGUCUCGGGAUUGACGCCAUGAACCAAAGUGAAUUUGACUCUUCGGACGAGGAAACAUCUAAAGAGGAACAAACGCCACUUGAGCUGUCUUGGCUCAGCCUAGAACCAGUAAAUUAUGCCCAUAUACUGGGAAUCGGCGCUCUUCCAGGGUGCAGGUUUAAAAACAUACGGAGGAACCUUCUUCAAAACUUAGAGGAAAUUAAGAAACUUGACAUCCAGGAUGUGUUCAUAUUCUGCACUACGUCGGAGCUUUCAUAUUACCGCGUUCCCACUCUAAUACAAGAAUAUAGCAAGCAGGAUAUUGUGGUUCACCACUACCCUUUCCUUGAUGGAGAUGUUCCAGAACUUGACACCUGCUAUAAGAUAUUGGAAAACCUAAAGACCAGCAUGGACAACAGCAGGAAGACUUUAAUACACUGCUAUGGGGGCCUGGGACGCUCAUGUGUUAUUGCAGCUUGCCUGUUACUUUGGCUGGAUGACAAAAUGACACCUGAAGAAGCAAUAAAUCUGGUUCGGGCAACACGUGGGCGUGGAGCCAUACAAACCGUUAAGCAAUAUAACUUUGUUAACGAGUUCCGUGAAAACAUGUGCCAUUCUCGCCCUCCAUCUGAAGAGUCCAGACAGUCCCUGUCUAGAUGAUGCCACAGAUAUUCUGCAGUGAGGUUGCCCUGCUGUUAUCGUGUCCUCCAUCCAGUCUCUUUUGCUGCAUUUUGGUGUUCAGUUCUUGCAUACAUGAAAAUUUUUACUUCUCUGUAAUUAGUUCAUUUUGUAAACUGCAGUUGAGUUUGUGCUUGAAGUCUGAAAAAGCUGAAUUCCAGCACACAAUCUGUUAAAACAUUGUUUUAUAAAAUCUGUUAAAAAUCACAUACCGUGAGUACAGUACCAUAGCAUCCGUUUAUGCAUUUCCAA